GCGGCUGUGUGCGUUUGUGGGAUUUCCGACGACCGUCAAUGGUCGUACAUAUUAUGCGUGUGCAUCCGCUGCAAGCUUAGUUUCGUAUCUUCAACCGACGACAAAACAAUAUGUCCCCUAAGUUAUACGUUAUCGACCUCAGCCCGCCAGUAAGGUCAGUUUAUCUGACAGCUGCAGCUUUGGGAAUCACUCUAGAACACGUUGAGUUGGAUUACUUUGCCGGGGAUCACUUGAAACCAGAAUUUAUAAAGAUUAACCCUCAGCACACACUGCCUACAUUGGUUGAUGAUGAUGGUACGAUCGUAUGGGAUAGUCACGCUAUUAACGCAUAUUUGGUAUCGAAGUACGGAAAAGACGAUUCGCUUUAUCCAAAAGAUUUCGCCAAACGUGCUUUAGUGGACCAAAGGCUACAUUUCGAUUCCGGUUGGGCUUUCCUUGGAAUGAGAAACAUUGAGCCCAUCUACUUUCGAGGAAGUAAAACGAUCCCAGAAUAUCUUAAGGAAAACGCCAAUAAAAUUUACAACUUUUUGGAGACAUUCUUGGAAGGGAAGAUGUGGGUGGCAGGUGACAAUAUCACCAUAGCUGACUUCUCCUUAAUCUCAAGCAUAACCUCCUUGAACGUUUUGGUUCCAAUUGAUUCAGGCAAAUUUCCGAAGGUAGCGGCAUGGAUUCAACGUUCAGAACAACUUCCAUACUAUGCAGUUAAUAAAAAAGGUUUGGAGGAUUUUAAAACGAAUAUUGAUAAUAUGUUACGGGCAUAGCAUACGUAAUCCAUCUGCACUUCAACGGAUUGUCACUCACUUGUCGAAAAUCCAUAAUAAAGCAUUGAUUUGACUUUUUGUUCUUA